AUGAAUGCCUGGCUCGCUGACGCCUCGAACCUUCCGGGCCAUGAUAACGGGGGUUUCAACCCAGCCACCAUCGAUCCCUCUGCCGCCUUCCUUCAUGGCUCCCCGGCGCCCCAGGACCCCAACCAAUUCCAGCGCAUGUUCAAUAAUGGCAUGCCCCGGAAUGCCUCACCAGGCUUUCACAACCCUAACCAGGUGAUUCCGUCCAAGCGACCACGACCGGAAGAUGGCAUGCCCAUGUCACCCCGGCCUGCGCCGGGCGGCGUGACAGGGUCGCGAUCACAAACUCCUCACCAGGUGCCGUUCCCUGGCUAUCAGGGCCCGGCGAAUGGCGCGCAAUUCCCUCAACAUCCAACCCCAUAUCAACAUCUUCAGCAGGGAGCAUCGCCCAAUGUUACGCAGUCGCCAAUCAUGCAGGAUUUUGAUCAACAGAGCGUCCGCAUGGGAACGGCCUCUCCAAGCCCCUUUUCGCCCGCUGGCCCGCAUGUGGGUGGUCCCCAUAUGUCUCCGCAGCAGUCGGACCACGGCAGCCGUGUGAACACACCGCAGAACAACAACUUCAUGCAAGGGCAGAAUUUCCCUCAGGGCAUGAACCCGCAACAGUUCCAGCAGGCCAAUGCAAUGACCACCGCUGGCGGUCAGCCGUCAAUGCAAGCCCAGCAAUUUAGCGGCAUGCAACAAGUACCUCAAGGAUACCACCAGGCCAUCGCCGCUCAGCAGCAACGACUACAUGCCAUGCAGAUGCAGCAGGGCCAAAACCGGCAGAUGAAUGCCAACCCGGCAAUGGCCGGCCGGCCAGUUCCUGGCGGCAUGAACGCCAUGGGUAACCCUCAGCAAAUGGCGGCCAUCCGACAGAUGCAGCAGAACAUGGGCAAGCCCAACAACCCCGAAGGGUUCAUGCGCACCCUGCAAAAAUUUAUGAUGUCACGAAAUCUCCCCUUGGAUCCGAACCCCAUUGCGAGCGGUCGCCCGAUCAACUUGGUUCAGUUGUAUGCUACGGUGAUGAAGAUGGGUGGGUCGAAGAAAGUCACCGCGACCAACAUGUGGCCCGCUGUUGCGCAACAGUUGCAAUUCCCCCAAAUGCAGUUUCCCAUGGCGGCCCAGGAACUCCGGGAGCACCACCAAAGAAACUUGGCUCCUUACGAGCAGGCCUUUUUGAGCUCGCAGCAAAAACAGUUCGAAAUGCAGCAGCAGCAGCAACAGGGUGGCCACCCAAGGCAACCCAGCGACGCCUCGGGGAUACAGUUCCAGUCCCCGUCUGUGAAGCCGGUUCAGGGAUUUGAGCAGCCUCCGCAGCUUGCCCAGUCACCCACGGUUGGCACUCCUAUUGCCAACAAUGCCCAGGCCAACUCUGCAAACGGGUUUGCAACGCCAACACAUGCCCGAAGCCAAAGCAAGCCAGCACAGCACCGGCUGAGUGUCUCGCGCCAGUCACAACCAUCUGUCCCACCCGACGGACAGUUCCCUGCACCCUCACCGGCACAGUCUGGUGGUAAAGGCUCAGUGUCUACUCGUCAACCACCAGUACAAGCAGAGUCAAAACCUGAGCACCCCGUGAAGCAGCCAAUUGAAGAUCCUUUCAAGCCUAUGGUGUUGAAGGAGAAUCGUUUGCAUGGGCCCAUUGCGGUGGAUGAAAUGUACCAGGUUGGAGAGGAUAUCUCACGGCUAAAACCGAACGUGCCCAGCUUUUUGGAGCUAGGAGUGAUUGACAUUCACGCUAUAACGAUGAGCCUCAAGUCCGGUAUACAUGCCGAGGUUCGCCUUGCCCUGGAUACGCUUACUACCAUCUCCUGUGAGCCGCAGAUCCAGAUCUCGCUGGAGAAUUGCGACGAUUUGGUCGAGAGCUUGGUCGACUGUGCAGAGGAGCAGCUAGACCUGCUGGCUGAACACACCCCAGAAGAGUCGGACACUAUCCGAAUUCCCUUCUACGAGGAGGUCACACGUGGCUGUCAGUCUGAAUUCACAUCACUUGCCGAUGUUUCUGAAUUCGGCACUCUGGCGUAUGAACUUGACCGGGCGGUCGAUAAGCUCAUCUGUGUCACCACCGUCUUGCGCAACUUUUCCUUCAGCGAGUCGAACUUUGGAAUUCUGGGAUCGCCGCCCGUUGCCCAAUUUCUGUCUACGAUCUUCCGCUAUUUGGGGACUCGCCAGAUGCUUCUGCGCACCAACCAGAACACAUUGGAUUUUAUGAAAGAUGCGGUGAUCUUCCUUAGCAAUCUGGCCCACGCCAUCCAGUUGCCAUCCAAAGAGGAUGCAUUGAGCUUGCUUCUAUUCCUUCUGGCGUUUGCACCGUUGCCUGACCCUUCCACCACACUCGACAAAGUGAUGUUCACCCCGUUCAAUUCCUCCACCCACCGCUAUACACCCGCGGCAGUGGAUGGGCUGGCCAAGUUGCUGGCGCGGGAUGACCCCAACCGGACAUAUUUCAAGGCAAUCUUCUCUGGAGACUCAUCCGGUCCUUCCCACGUGGAAUUGCUCACCCGCGCUUUUGGCCUUGCCAUUAGCCCGAUCCCGGAUCAGCUUCGGAAACCCCUUGCGGUUACCGACGUGCGCAAAGUCUUCCUCAUGCAGGGUCUGCUGGCUGCCGACAUCCUGGCAUGGUAUGCAGAUGGAUCUCUGGCAAGAACGUGGCUCGAGUCCGUUGAUGGGUUUGCCGUCCAUCUCCUGCGACUCUCCUGCUUGUUGUGCACGGAACGCAUCCCACAGAUCCAGAUCAACCCGCGGCAAAGAGGCCAAGCAGAGGCUGAUGCCUACGCAUUCAGCUCGAUUGUUCACCGUGGACUGGCCAUUCUCCGCCGGCUUGCAGAGAAGUCCAAGCAAGACAACUCCUCCCCGCUUCGGCUCCCCUCUGGGAUCCUUCCGAAGAAAGAAAGCCUGUUGGGGGCACUGCUACUGCCGAACGUCGAUCCGGCCGUUGUUCGACAGCUCGUCACUUAUGCAAAGCUCGCGGAGUAA